GAACGACUGUCGCUGCGGGCUGCUUCACAGGUCAACUCUGCCGGACUUCACAGGGAACCGUUUGGGUCGUUGCCAGUCGGGGAUUUAGGAUCCAAAGCUUUAGUGUGUUUUCCUGUGAAGAGGACUGAAUAGGAARCUGUUUCUGGGAGGUUGGAAGAACAGGAAAAGCUGCUGGGUGGAUGUUUUCCCACUUCUGAUCUGCUUCGGAAGGCAGCAACAUGCAUAUCUUACAACCGUAUUGCAUCAACAGGUGGCCUGAUGCCCCGAAGAGGAAGAGGAAGAACAGCCAGUGUUCAGUGAAGAGCAUGUCUGGGUUUUUUCCGCAGGACAAUCCAGAAAAAUCUCCAUCCUUCUUACUCCUGUAAAUAUGAUGGCUGCUGCAUCAUUGACAAGAUCACCCGAAACCAGUGCCAGCUGUGCCGAUUUAAGAAGUGCAUCUCUGUGGGCAUGGCCAUGGACUUGGUGUUGGAUGACUCCAAGCGCGUGGCCAAGAGGCGCCUCAUCGAGGAGAACCGAGAGCGCCGGAAGAAAGAGGAGAUGGUGCGGACGCUUCAGCUGAGGCCGGAACCGGACGGUGCAGAGUGGGAGCUGAUCCGGAUGGUGACAGAGGCUCACAGGAACACCCAUGCCAGCCACAAGCAGAAACCCAAGUUCCUGCCAGAUGAAAUCGGCCAUGGUCAGGUGAUGCCCACCUCAAAUGGAGAUAAAGUCGAUAUCGAGGUCUUCAGUGAGUUCACCAAGAUCAUGACCCCUGCCAUUACUCGUGUUGUUGAUUUUGCCAAGAAACUGCCCAUGUUUUCAGAGUUGCCUUGUGAAGAUCAGAUCAUCCUGCUGAAGGGCUGCUGCAUGGAGAUCAUGUCGUUGCGCGCCGCGGUACGCUACGACCCUCAGACUGACACGCUAACGCUAAGCGGCGAGAUGGAGGUGAAGCGAGAGCACCUGAAAAACGGCGGGCUGGGAGUGGUGUCAGACGCCAUUUUUGAUCUGGGCAAGAGCCUGGCACAGUUUAACUUGGAUGACUCGGAGGUGGCACUACUGCAGGCUGUGCUGCUCAUGAGCUCAGACCGUUCGGGGCUGAUGAGUGUGGAGAAGAUUGAGCAGUGGCAGGACGCCUACCUGCUGGCAUUUGAGCACUACAUCAACUACCGUAAGCACAACAUUCCCCACUUCUGGCCCAAGCUGCUGAUGAAGGUGACGGACCUGCGGAUGAUCGGAGCAUGCCAUGCCGGACGCUUCCUCCACAUGAAGGUCGAGUGUCCCAACGAGCUCUUUCCACCGCUUUUCCUGGAGGUCUUUGAGGACCAGGAAGUGUGACUCUGCUGAAAGCUUUCUGGACACUUUUGGAAGGACAAGAAUUAAAAAGAAACUGGAUUAUUUUCUUUUAUUUUUUUCCAAUAUUGGGAACGUACUCUGUAAGUUUUGUGCUUUUUUGUUUUUUGGUCAAGGCUCACUGUCUGCCACCAGCACAUCAGCAUCAUCACACUUGCUUAUAUUAAAUGUUUCAGCUCUCUGCCA